AUGUCCUCGCCGCCCACGACGAUGAAAGGUCUCGUCCUCCAGAAGACGUCCGGCGACCAGUGGAAGCCCGGCCCGCAGACCUGGCACCCGGUCAGCGUCGAGGAGCUCCCUGUCCCAACACCCACACAAGACCAGAUCCUCGUCAAGGUGCUCGCCUCGGCUUUCAACCAUCGCGACGUCUUCCAGCGACAGAGUCUCUACCCGGGCACCAUCUUCCACACGCCCGAGACGCCCUCCGUCCUCGGUGCCGACGCCGUCGGCAUCGUCUCGUCGCCCUCGCACCCGCUCACCGGCCAGCGCGUCCUCUUCUACCCGGCCGCCAACUGGCUCUCGUCGCCGUACGGGCCCGACGUCCCGGGCAAGCAGUUUGGCAUCUACGGCUCGGUCAAGCAGACGGGCGGGCGCGGCACGUUUGCCGACUACGUCGCCGUCGAGAAGGACGACCUCGUCAAGUGCCCCGAGCACCUUUCGCGCGAGGAGGCGGCGACGGUUGCGCUCGGGUCCCUCACGGCCUGGAGGGCGACCUUCACCAAAGCCGACGUCAAGAAGGGCGACAAUGUCCUCAUCACGGGCAUCGGCGGCGGCGUCGCCAUCCUCGCGCUCCAGUUUGCCGUGGCAGCAGGCGCCAACGUCUUGGUGACGUCGUCGUCCCAGGACAAGAUCAAGCGCGCCCAGGAGCUCGGCGCGAAGGGUGGCGUCAACUACAAGGACGCCGACUGGCCCAAGCAGCUCCAGGCCCUCCUUCCCUCGUCUCGCCCUCUCCUCGACGCCGUCAUCGACUCGGCCGGCGGUCCGCUCAUCACGCAGCUCAUCCGGGUUCUCAAGGACGGCGCCGUCGUGUCGUGCUACGGCCAGACGACGGGCAAGCCGAUCGAGUUGACCAUGGCGGCCGUUCUCAAGAACGUCGAGCUCAAGGGCUCGACCAUGGGCAGUCGGGACGAGUUCUUCCACGCCGUCGCCUUCAUCGACAAGCACAAGAUCCACCCGGUCGUCGACAGCGUCCUCGAGGGCCUCGAGCACGCCGAGGACGGGUUCCAGCUCCUCAAGCAGGGCGGGCAGUUCGGCAAGGUCGUCAUCGACAUUGCCAAGGACGAGUCGCCCAAGUUGUAGAUAGAGAAUGAAAGCCCGAUCGUCAGUUCCCGCUC